GACUGCACUUGAGCACCAUGUUUCGUUGUCUCAGAUGGGCCACUUCCUGUACGCUGCGCGAGGUUUCGACCUGCUGGAGAAGAUGGACGCUAACCCGGAAUACUGGGAGGGCAAGAGGGGAGCCUGCGUGGGCACCUUCCAGAAGGUGAUUGCCGGGAGGGACGAGCCGGAUUGUCUGCGGGAGAUCGUGGAGAUGCUCAAGACCGAGAGUCACUCCCAGGCCGAGUCCAUCAGCAAGGUGAUACAUGGCUGGUGCAAAGAGAAGAAGAUAGCGCUUUCUUGACUGCCCGGCACGCUUGUACUACGUAAGCAAAGAAUAAACUCUU